ACAUUGUAAUUAGGUAGAUACAAGAAAUUGUUACGCCACUGAUAAAAAAUUGACUAACCUAUAUCCUCCGUUAUUGGUUAUUACUUAGCAGUUUAACUAAUUGUUGACUUUAAUAAAAUAAAGAACAGUUCUUGCUUCAAAGCAAAAGCGUACGUGUGCCAUCAUGAGUAAAGUGUUGGGCUGUUAUUGUGUUUUAUUGGUAAUUUUUUGCGUGAAAAUAGUGGCGCAGCAGUAUCAGUUCAUUAACCCAAUACGCUUUCCAUUUUCUUCUGUUGGAAAUCCAUAUGUCGGAACAUUUGUGGCUAUUGCCCUACCUAUAGACAUCAGAGGACCUGCUGAUUUAUUUUUUUCGGCAAAUUUUGAGUCGUCUUAUGGACUUCCAGAAAAUCAAUCUUUACUUACGUAUCCACCGAUUUUUAGUUCAACAAGGGGAUUCUUUUAUAAACUGUUGGAAACCAAGAUAAACGGGUUUGGAUAUGAAGGAAAACCAUGUCUGCAAAGGGCAGUAUGUGAAGCAUCAGAAUAUACUACACUGAAUUCCAGCGUUCUUGGAGAUAUACUACAUAUAUUAUUAACGCCAUCUUCUUCAGUCAAAGAAGACGCGAUAGAUGAUUACAUUGAAUCAGAAGAAUUCGGAAGAAAAAAAGGCCACUGUAAGAAGUAUAUUAAACAAUGUCCUCUAAGCAUUUUGAAUCUAUUUAGUAAAGUUAAAAACUAUGUUUGAUUUGAACAAUAUCUAUUACUAAAGUUAUUCUUUUGAACUAAUUUAUUUGUUUUGCCCCCUAAGUGUAAAUUUGAUGAUUUGAGAUACAUAAGCACAUUAUUUCGUUGGAUAUAACUGGUUUUGUGUAGGAAAUUAAUAUUUAAUUUCUUUAUGUGUACAAUUUUGCAUGUUAAUAUUUACACAAAAAAAUUGUUUUUGUACAAAUAAAUAAUAAG